UCAGCUCCAGCACAGCAACAAAGGAGGAUGCGGAGCUGCGUGCGGGAACCAAAUCCCGUUAAUAUGCUUUUCUUGUGCUUUACGAGACCGACGUAACACACAACCAUGUAACAGCUGUCCAUAUUUCUAUGGAUAAAUGAAGUGGCGCAGGAUUCGCUGCAGGACGCGGGAGGAGAGAGAGAAUGUACUGGGUCGCUGGCUUCGCCUCCUCCCGGUCCUUCGUGGUUGAUCUCGGCCGGAAUCAGAGCCCGUCCUUCGGGUUGUGCGGCUCUGAUGAGCGUCACUUAUUUUAUGGCUACAUAGUCGCCGUCCCUGUGCAGGAUUUCGGCGGGAUCAUGUCGGGAUUGGUGUCGGAUUCCUGGUGGAGGAAGACGCUUUACAUCACGGGAGGAGCUUUGCUGGCUGCGGCUGCGUAUCUGCUGCACGAGCUGCUCUCCAUCAGAAAAGAUCAGGAGUUGGAUUCAAAAGAUGCCAUCAUCCUUCACCAGUUCUCCAGGCCGAAAAAUGGGGUCCCAAGCCUGUCACCUUUCUGCCUGAAGAUGGAGACCUAUCUGCGCAUGUUGGAUCUGCCAUAUCAAUGCUACUUUGAUGGAAGUCUCUCGGCUCAGGGUAAGAUGCCCUGGAUUGAGUAUAAUUAUGAGCAGGUGUGUGGGACCGAGUUCAUCAUUGAGUUUCUGGAGGAGAAACUGGGCAUGAGUCUGAACAAGAGUCUGAGCGCUCAGGAGCAGGCAGUAGCGCAGGCCAUCACCACCAUGGUGGAGGAGCAUUUAUAUUGGAGCAUAGCGUACUGUCAGUGGGUGGAUAAUGUGCAGGAGACUCAGAGGAUGCUGGAUCUCCCUGGACCCCUCAGUGACCUGCUGAAAUGGAUCCUGUGUCAGCUGACAGGUGGGAUGGUAAAAAGAGAGAUGUACUGCCACGGCAUCGGCAGCUUCACUAAAGACGAGGUUUAUUCCCUCAUGGAGAAGGACAUGCGCACACUGGCCACACUGCUGGGUGAUAAGAAGUACAUCAUGGGCCCUAAGCUGUCCAGUGUGGAUGCCACAGUGUUUGGACACCUUGCACAAGCCAUGUGGACUCUGCCUGGCACACGACCCGAGCAGCUCAUUAAAGGAGAACUGAUCAACCUGGCCAUGUACUGUGAGCGCAUACGGAGGAAGUUCUGGCCCGAGUGGUUUGUGGAUUUAGAGGACUUCUGCUACGACAGCGACAACGACACCAACAGCGGGACGCCCCCCUGCCCGCUGGACCUGGGUCUUUUUUCCAGGACAGACACAUUGGAGGAGAGCGAUCUAAGCCUCCCGUCACACAGUAACUCAGAACUCUCCGGACACUCGCUCUCAGACUCGGACAUUGAAGUUGAUGGCUCGGACGGGGAGCAGAAGGUCAAGGGUUAAAUCAAGGGUUUCAUCUGGGAUACAUAAUUGCUGAUAUGGACAUUUCUUUCUUGGAUGAAUCACUCUUUGAUGGAACUCAAGUGAACACAAAAUGCGACGUGACAUCAGUCAUGGAUUCAAUAUUUACACAACGCACACUUUAGUUCUCUUUAUGAGACGUGUGCAGAAGAUCAUCCACUCUUGGACUGUCUCCUUGGUAAAACAUAAUGCUUCCAUUCCUGUCAAUGAUCCAAUAUGAAAAUGCGGUCAUCCUUUUUGUUUAUGUCAUUUUUAAAACACAUAAAUGGAUUUUCUUUCACCUUCACAACACAAGUGAAGAUAUUUUUAGCAUAUCAUGAGAGAUUUCUGUCCCUCCACUAAAACUCUAGUGCUUCGUUAUAUUCAUAAAGUCAAGGGUUUUUAGUGCAUGACAAAUUUUUGUUAAUAUUAUUAUCAACUAAAUAAGAUUAGGGUGGUGUGGUGGCUCUGUGGGUAGUGCUGUCUACUCACAGCAAGAAGAUCGCUGGUUUGAGCCUCAGCUCACCGUUCUCACCGUUUUGAAGUGGGUUUCCCACGUGUGCUCCGGUGUCCCCCACAAGUCCAAAAGCAUGUGGUAUAGGUGAUUUGGGUAAGCUAAAUUGUUCGUAGUGUAUGUGUGUAAA